GCACGCGCCCCCCUCCAGUCUCCGCCGCCCGCCGCUCGCCGGAAAAAUCCUCCGACAUGGACGAGUCUUGGAGAAUGAGGAUGGGAAUGCCCAAAAUGCCGCCGCCGCCAACAGGGUACCCACCGGACCACCUCCCCGGCCGACUCACGGCGGCCGCCGCCUCACACCGCCGGCAAAACACCAUCUCCGACGAGCCCCUAAACCCCGAGGACUUCGACGACGUCUUCGGCGGGCCCCCUCGCACGGUCCUCUCCGGCCGAUUUGCCACCGCCUGCCAGAGAUCGCGGUCGACUUCGUCCUCCUCCGGGGGCUUCAUUUACGAGGAGAUCUUCCGGCCGGCCGAUAGGGCGCCGCCGCCUGCGGCGGCGGGAAGGACCGGCAGGAUGUUGCCGGAGUUUAGGAUCCCGGGUGAGAAGGGUAGCGAUUUCUACAGUGAUAUCUUUGGGUGGGAAGAUCAUGAGAGGGUGGUUAGGUCAAGGUCACGUUCGAAGGCAAGCUCAUCGUCGGUACUGAGCUCGGAGGAGCUCAGCCCUCUCCAGCCGGCGGCCGCCGUCGACGGCCAAGAUGAUAUUCUAUGGCGCGAGAGUGGUUGGUUUGCAGUAUCUCUUUCAGACUUAACUGAGAUCUCACAAGUGAAGAAAGCGUAUCAGAAAGCUCGUUUGUGCUUACACCCUGAUAAGUUGCAGCAAAGGGGAGCCACGAUACAGCAGAAAUACAUUGCCGAUAAAGCUUUUUCACUUCUUCAGGAUGCUUGGGAGGCAUUUGUUGCACAAAGGGUCUCUUGAGGAUGAAAUUGUUGAUUAUUGAGGAACUAAAUUCAGAGUUUAUGGUCUAAAUAUGGAGAAGAAAACAAACAUCUAAGCAGAGAGAAUUUGUUGAGGGUUUUAUGUACAUAAUCUGUGUGCUUUCUCUACAGUGUGCAAAUAGUUUUCUUUCUUUGAUCGUCGGAUUAUAAUGUUGCUGGCCGGUUUCAGUUUUGGUUCGGUUUAUGUAACAAAUUUCGAAUGCAAUUUGAUGGAUCAAACUUUUUUCUGCCAUUGUUUAAAGAGGAUGUUAUAAACUGAAUCUGACAAUAAUAUCACAUGACUUGAUACAUUAAUGAUUUGGCUGAACAAAUAAUGCCCUUUAACUUUCAAUGCAUGCCAUAGAACUCUUUCAUCCAAA